CGGGGCGGGGCCGGGAGACGCCGCCGCCAUUUUGUGAGCAGCGCGCGGCGGACGGGGCAGGCGGGUCGCGAUGGUGAAGCUGUUCAUCGGGAACCUGCCGCGGGAGGCGACGGAGCAGGAGAUCCGCUCCCUGUUCGAGCAGUACGGGAAGGUGCUGGAGUGCGACAUCAUCAAGAACUACGGCUUCGUGCACAUCGAGGACAAGACGGCGGCCGAGGACGCCAUCCGCAACCUGCACCACCACAAGCUGCACGGCGUCUGCAUCAAUGUGGAGGCCAGCAAGAACAAGAGCAAGGCCUCCACCAAGCUGCACGUGGGCAACAUCAGCCCCGCCUGCACCAACCUAGAGCUGCGCGCCAAGUUCGAGGAGUACGGCCCCGUCAUCGAAUGUGACAUCGUCAAGGACUACGCCUUCGUGCACAUGGAGCGGGCCGAGGAUGCCGUGGAGGCCAUCCGGGGGCUGGACAACACCGAGUUCCAAGGCAAGCGGAUGCGCGUGCAGCUGUCCACCAGCCGGCUGCGGACGGCGCCCGGGAUGGGAGACAAGAGCGGCUGCUACCGCUGCGGGAAGGAGGGGCACUGGUCUAAGGAGUGCCCGGUCGAUCGCCCGGGGCAAGUGGCGGACUUUGCCGAGGCCUAUAACGAGCAGUACGGAGCCGUGCGCACUCCCUACACCGCGGGCUAUGGGGAGACCGUGUAUUACGAUGAGGCCUACGGCGGGAUGGCCGACUACUACAAGCGCUACCGCGUCCGCUCCUACGCCACGGCCUCGGCGUACGACGCCUACGCGGAGCAGACCAUGGCCCAGUACUCCCAGUACGCCCAGUACUCCCAGGUCCAGUCCUCGGCCAUGGCCGCCACCACGGCCAUGGCCGGCCGCAUCCCCACCACCUUAGACGCGUACGACCGAGCGCUGCUGCCCACCCCGGGCGCGGCGGCCGCCGUCGCCGCCGCCGCCCGCCACGCCGCGGCCGCCGGCGCGUCCUCCACGUAUUACACCCGGGACAGGAGCCCCCUGCGCCGCACGGCCGCCGCGGCCAGCACCGUCGGAGAGGCGUACACGUACGAGCGUGGGCAGCUGUCGCCCGUCUCCUCGGUGGCCCGGGCGUCCCUCUACGACAUGCAGCGCUUCGGGCGGGACCCGUACGCGGACCGGGCGCGAUACUCCGCCUUUUGAGCCGGAGGUAAGAUUUGUGCGGCUGGACGUCGGGGUCCCGUCGCACGCCGACUCGGCGCUGCGCGUCUCGGGCCGCGCCGGGUGCCACCGCCGCCGCGUGCCGCUCCCGGGCCCGUUCCUUACGGACGCGCGGCUCGUCCUC